CAUCCCCCCUGUUCUCAGCCUCGUCAUUUAUACCACCCCCAUUCCGUCCCCCACCUCCCCCUGCAUCUCAUUCACGCCGCAAUCGCGUCUUUGUCCGACGCCCGUAUACCCUCCCCCCUCUCAAGCACCACGCCAACUUUCCAAUUCACCACCAUUCUGCGCCGCUGCGUUAACCUUCCCUCCCCACCUCCUCCCCUCUACCCCCUCCCCACACAUCACAUCGCCACAUGCCAACCGUCCACCCCCUCCCCGUCAACCCCACAACCGGCCAGCAGCCACUCGCCGCUCUGCGCAGUGCCCUCGGCGGCGGAGGAACUACUUCCUCAGGUGUCAAUCGAGACGUCCUCAAGGGGCUUCAAGAUGUCGCCUGGAGUGAUGACGAGGAAGACAUGGACUGCAAAGUCUGCGCCGAAUCCCUCGACCUCUCCGACCGCAAUUUCAAACCAUGCCCAUGUGGUCUGGAAAUCUGCCAGUUUUGUUAUCACAAGCUGCUUCGGGACGACCCACGCUGCCCAGGAUGUCGUCGCAAGUACGACCCUGACAGCGUGGUGUACGAACCAGUUGAUGUGGAAGAAGUGCGCAAAGCAAAGGAUAAGAAGGCGAGGCGGGCAAAGAUUGUCAAGCAGCUCGAAGCAAUCGGCCGACGCUCGAUGCUGGACACGCGCAUCGUCAUGAAGAACUCUGUUUACGUCGUAGGCAUGAGGAUCCCUGGCUCGGGUUCAAUCGAAGAAGCAAUCUCCAUCCUGCGCUCCAACGAGUACUUCGGGCAGUACGGCAAGAUUGCUCGGUUGCACCUCCGGGAUCGCACACAUAUCUCAUCUCUUUCGCCGGGGCCGGCACCCGACUCGCCCUCGACGUCAACUGGCAUCUACAUCGUCUACAUCCGACGCGAGGAUGCUGCGCGCGCCAUAGCAGCGCUCGACGGCAUUCCUGCACCACAGGGGCCGCCCGGGAUGCUGCUUCACGCGUCGUACGGAACAACACGGUACUGCGAUGCGUUCCUGCGCGGUGUGAAGUGCGACAACCAGGGGUGCCAGAACCUCCAUGAAUGGGGUGGCGAGGGCGAUUCCUUCACGCGGUCUGACCUUAUCACCGCUUUGACUCGCCCCGCCGAGUAUGACGCAAAACAGAAGCAACAGCAGAUUCAGCCACCGCCGUUGACCCAGAAAUCAGCGUGGCCCAAGCCGUCGGCGGACGAUUCUGACUCAUCCAACGCCUUGCCUCGGACCGCGAGUUGGGGUAUGGCCAAGCCGCAGCCUCCUCGACCUGGGUCGGCGAACGGAAACCGCAUCGCACCGGUCGGUUCGUCGCGCCCGACAUCCAGGAUCAACAGCAAUCUUAUCCCACUGGGCGGGCGCAGCUCCUCUGCCUUCCCUCCGCCGACUCCGUCGCCAGUUCCGGCAUUGCACGCCAAGUUGGACAGAAAGAAGGAGAAGUCGCAGACCAUGGCGCGUGCGAGAAGCGGCAGCUCGAGCUUGAGCUCUGGGGCCGGCCUCGCAAGCGCCUCCGCUUCCCCCAAGAAGAAGGCUGUGACCAUCACGAUGACCCAGUCUGCGAUCGGAGCGCCCUCCAAGAGCAGCGUAAACUCUGUGCUAUCAUCUACCGUGUCGCCUUCCUCUGAUUCGCCAGCCAAGCCGCCCUCGGAGGCCACCCCAAAGGCGUCGAAGCCUGCGCCCGCUCCCCCACCCGGACUUGCUCCACCGCCAGGCUUGGCCCCCCCUUCUACCACCUCCGAACCAACCCCUGCGCCCUCAGAGCCUGAGCCCAAGUCGUCGAAGCACGCGUCGCCCGUCAAGUCGAUGGUGCCGAUGCGCGAUGAGGAGGAGCCUGAGGCUGGACCAUCCCGGCAACCUUCGCCGCCCCAACGUCCUGCUUCUACCGAAUAUCCAAUCCACUCGCCCUUCCCCGACUUCGACGAUGUGUUCAUGGAGCCCGAUGCACGCAAGCAAGGCUUCGAGUUCUCUCUCGGGCUGGAAGACGAUGAGGUACAGAGGAUACUCGCCACGGCGCAGAGGAUGGGCGUGUUUGAGCCGUCGCCCUUCGAUCCCUUGUUCCAAGAGUUGCCAAAGCUGGGCAUUCCACUGGCAGCGCUCAUGUCGCGAGUGGUCGAAGAGCGCAAUGGGUCGUUUGUGUACAACGGGCCGUUUUCACCCUUCACGCCAUCGUCUCCCGAGGAGACCUCUUCGCUGCCAACCUCGGAAGAACCAAGUGCGGAGUCGACCGUGUCAGACGCGGACGCACCUCGGACGACAUCGCGGUUCGAAUUUGCGCGGCGCGGGUCACUGGCGUCGGCGGGGCGGGGACAGAGCCCGUUCCGGCGAGAUGAGUGGAAUGGCGUACCAGGCGCUGCUCACCGAGCACCCAGCUCGAAUGGGUUCGCAGACGAUGUGCCACGCCACUUCCACCCGGCGCUGGCGCACCUGAACGCCCACGCCCACUCGCAGUCGGUCAGCCACGGGGGAGACCAGUGGUCCGCGACGGGGAGCGACUACGCCGGGCCGUCGUACUCUAAUCGUGCGCCAUUCCAGCAGGCGGGGUACGGCGGAGCGUACGGCAGUCCUCAGCGCGAGCCGAUGUACUCGCCUGCAACGCACGUGCACCCGGGGUACGAUUAUGUGUCGCAGCACCAGCAGCAGGGCCCACCUCAGUCGCCCAUGUACGCUGGGGGUUUCAUGCAGCGGCGGUUUUAGGUAUGAGAUGCAGACGUCCAAGUGAAA